UAUUCCUGCGUGCUUUAAUUGUUUAGUACCUUGUCCGUUCUUCAUUGUUUUUCAUCUUCCAAUUUGUUUGGUCAACUUUUCUACCUGUUCUCCAUGAAGUAGGCUCCCAGAGUUUUUCAACCUUGGUUUAGUACGGUAUCUGACUGACAGCUGUUGUGAUAAUUUCCAUCUGCCUGGAGCCUUCCUCCGAUCGCCAUUUUUUUGUUGAAUCUUCUGUCUCCUGUGCCCAAUGCUGCCUCUGGAAUCUAUCUACUUUGGAUUUGCCUCACUAUAUCGCCAUUGGAUUAGUUGACUCUCCCUCAGCUGGUGAAAUGGCCUCUCUCUCAGAAGCGCCUCUCUCGUUGGCUCUUCUUUGGUAGCUAACUCAGCCGUCAAUCGGCAUGGCUGAAGCCCACCAGGCAGUGGCCUUCCAGUUCACGGUGACUCCGGAGGGCAUCGACCUGCAGCUGUCCCACCAGGCCCUCACGGAGAUCUACCUCUCAGGCCUGCGGUCCUGGAAAAAGAAGUUAAUCCGCCUCAAGAACGGUGUGAUAACAGGGGUGUACCCGGCCAGUCCCUCCUCCUGGCUGUUUGUGGUCAUCGCCAUCCUGGCCACCAUGUACAUGCGCUCCGACCCCUCCAUGGGUCUCAUCGCCAAGAUCCAGGAGCAUCUACCUGUCAGUCAGUCUCUGAGUGCCCAGUGUCAGACGGUGGUGUCGGCGGUGCUGUUCAGCACGCUGCUCUGGUUCUCCCUCAUCUUCACCAUGCGCAUGUGCCUCAAGCAGCUGCUGUCCUACCACCACUGGAUGUUCGAGCAGCGCGGCAAGAUGUCCAACACCACCAAAGUCUGGGUGGCGCUGGUGAGGAUAUUCUCGGGCAGACAGCCUCUCCUCUACAGCUACCAGGGUUCUCUGCCAAACCAGCCAGUGCCGGCCGUCAAAGACACGGUCAAGAGGUACCUGGAGUCGGUGCGGCCGCUGAUGACCCCUGAUGAGUUUGAACGCAUGACGUCGCUGGCCACUCAGUUUGAGAGCAGCCUGGGGAACCGGCUACAGUGGUACCUCAAACUGAAGGCUCUCUGGGCUUCCAACUACGUGAGCGACUGGUGGGAGGAGUACAUCUACCUGAGAGGACGGAGCCCUAUCAUGGUCAACAGCAACUACUACGGCAUGGACUUCUUGUAUGUGACGCCCACCCCCAUCCAGGCUGCCAGAGCAGGCAACACCCUUCAUGCCUUCCUCAUGUACCGCAGGAAGCUCAACAGAGAGGAGCUCAAGCCUAGUCGUGUUCCAGGCACUGUCAUUCCUCUGUGUGCAGCUCAGUGUGAGAGGAUGUUCAACACCACACGCACUCCUGGAGAGGAGACCGACACAGUGCAGCACUGGCAGGACAGUGACUAUGUGGCGGUGUACCACCGGGGGCGCUACUUCCGCCUGAGGAUGUACUCGUCUAGCCGGCCGCUGUCACCACGCGAGAUCGAGUCGCAGCUCCAGAGGAUCCUGGAUGACCCGUCGCCCCCCUCCUCGGGAGAGGAGAAGCUCGGAGCCCUGACGGCUGGAGACAGAAUUCCCUGGGCCAAGGCCAGGAAGGAAUACUUCAGCUUGGGCGUGAACAAGCGGUCACUUGACUGCAUCGAGAAAGCAGCGUUCUUUGUGACCUUGGACGAUGACGAGCAAGGCAUGAUGGGAGAAGACCCAGCUGCUAGUCUGGACCGUUACGCCAAGUCCCUGCUCCACGGGAAGUGUUACGACAGGUGGUUUGACAAGUCUUUCUCCGUUGUGAUCUAUAAAAACGGGAAGAUCGGUCUGAACGCUGAGCACUCAUGGGCCGAUGCACCGGUGGUAGCACACUUAUGGGAGUAUGUGUUGGCCACAGACAGUUUCCAGCUGGGGUACAAUGAAGAGGGCCAUUGUAAGGGAGAGGUGGAUGCCUCUCUACCCCGACCUCAGAGACUGAGCUGGGACAUCACCCCAGAGUGUCAGGAGCAGAUUUCCCAGUCUCUGGCGGUGGCCCAGGCCCUGGCCGACGAUGUGGACUUCCACGUCUUCUCCUUCCGGGACUUUGGCAAGGGCAGGAUCAAGAAGUGCCGCAUCAGUCCUGACGCCUACAUCCAGCUGGCCCUUCAGCUGGCCUACUACAGGGACAGGGGCAUGUUCUGUCUGACCUACGAGGCCUCCAUGACCCGUCUGUUUAGGGAGGGCCGGACCGAGACUGUGCGUUCCUGCUCCAAUGAAAGCUGUGCCUUCAUCAAAGCCCUGGAGGGAGGAGAGGGGGUAGAGGUGUGCAGGAGACUUCUCCGCCAAGCCUCAGAGAAGCACCAGAACCUGUACAAACAUGCCAUGACCGGCGCCGGCAUCGACAGGCACCUCUUCUGUCUCUACGUGGUCUCCAAAUACCUUGGCGUGGACUCUCCCUUCCUGAAAGAGGUGCUGUCCGAGCCAUGGCAUCUCUCCACCAGUCAGACUCCUGUCCAGCAGGUGGAGCUGUUUGACAUGGUCAACCACCCAGAGUACAUCUCCUGUGGCGGAGGCUUUGGCCCGGUGGCAGACGAUGGUUACGGGGUGUCCUACAUCAUCAUGGGAGAGAACAUGAUGAACUUUCACAUCUCCUGCAAGCACUCCUGCCCACAGACUAGUUCCCACAAGUAUGGAGGUCAGAUCCGGCAGGCCCUGCUGGACAUGCUUCAGCUGCUCUGCCCAGACCAAAGAGAACCCUCUAGAACAGACCAGAGCCAGACCAAGAAGGACCUGUAGAUCUGGAGAGGAGAAUCAGAACCAACGGUGGAGAGGGUGAAAGGGGGGUAGAGGAGGGAAAACUAGAGAAGGUGGUUGUGAUAAUUUGAUGGUGAGUGUCGGAAGAACGUUGGGAUGAUGUCAAUGAGCGUUAUAGGGUGAGACUGCCGUUUUAGUGUGUGUUUGUGGUUUAAGGUGGAUGGGUUAGGUGAUUGAAGGAUCAGUAUCUAUUAAAAAACAAAUUGGAUGAAAACCUAACUUUUUUUUGGAACAUGGAUUUAUAAAAUAGUGAAGGAGGGAUAUGGAUAUAUAGUUAAAUCCUUAAACCUUUUUAUUUGUAUUUGCGACUAUAUGAUUUCUGGUCUAACUUUACAAUAAGUGUCCCUUAGGAUAUAGUACUUACAAAAACGGUGUAAUAAAUGACUGUAGGUACACAUGGUUAGUGACGUUCUCAAUUUAAAGUAUUUACAAAUAGCUCAAAUAAUUUGCAUGAGGUUUAGCCACAAUUUAUUUGAGUUUGUGUAAUUACAAAUAUUAAGAUUUUUAAACAACUGCACACAGGCCUGACUUUUGGAAAUACUCUGUAACAAUACAGUACAUAGGCCUGCACUGUAAUACCAUUGUACCUGCCUAUGUAACUACCAUAGGUAGUCAUUAGAGACACUUAUUGUAAAGUGGGACCUAACUUCUAAAGCAUUAUUAAUGUUUUACUUGAAUGCAGUGCCCGAACCUUGACCAUUACUUUGGAACACAAAUUAGAACCACAUUGACCAAAUUAUAAGGCUCUAUGUUUUGCGCAAUCAUGUGUCAUAGCAAGAUUUGAACCUGUAUUUUAAGCCUUAUCCAGAAAUGAGAAUUGCACCAAAAAUGAAAGCUAUUGUCUGAGGAUGGUGCUGGAUCAUCUGACAUAAAAAGAAAAAGUGACAGUUUGAUGCUUUAAAUAAAAGGCAAAAAAUCCAAGCAUGUCACGUUUUUGCAAAACACAGGGCCCUACAAAUAACCUCUCAUGACGUGACUAUGGUCUAUUGUAAAAAAUUAUAAUACAAAAAAAAUUUCUGCAUUCUAAGUUGAGGUAACUUUUCGUGAAGUGUAUCUCACUAAGAUGUGCAAUGUAUCAUUUCAAUUGCAGUAUUCUGUUUCCUAGUACACAGUGCAAAGUUCACUUGGGAUUUCAAAGUGAAGUGUUUUAUUUUCCGCUCCAAUUGGUUCAAAAGGCACAACAAUGCAAAUAAAAUGGCAUUUGUUUUAUACAAUUUUACUCAUCCAUGUUGAUGGUAGAGGUUUUCUCCUCAGGUUACAAAAUGUCAAUAUGUAAAAAAGGGUGGAAAUGCAAGUCCAAUUUGUAAGUCGCUCUGGAUAAGAGCGUCUGCUAAAUGACUUAAAUGUAAAUGUAAGUCCUGCAGCGCUACAGGACUGGCGCUAUUAACGCACAGCACAGUUUAAUUGGCAUCAUCAUGGCAAAUAUUGUUUUUAGUGGGACUUUCCUUCUCAGUACAGUCUUUGGGCUGUGAAGCAACUGCUCGUAGAAAAUUCAACAAUUUGAACGAAACAAACAAACAAACUCUGUGGACCCGGAAACACCAGGGUUUCCUAGCUAAAUCUUCUUCAUAUUUAACUCUGGUUUGCAGAGUAACACAUGAUUGUACUAUGGUGUAUGUUGCUAGAUCGUUACUGCACUGUCCAGGAGGCUUUUUACAGUGGUGAAAUGACCUGGUUUAUUCUGCUCUCUUCACCCAAUGACUCAAACCCUUUAUAAAGCCAUUUAUAAAGCAAUAAGUCCACUUCGACCCCUGUUAUCUUUCUUUUAACAGUAGGAAUUCUCAUCCUCUAAGAAAUAAAACUAGUUUUGUUAAGAGUAUCCAUUUGAAUGAUACGGUCCAUACAAUGUCAGAUUUGUUUGGCAGCCCCUAAUGUUGUUUUUAUAUAUUCAAAUAUUUGACCGUUUACUCUCCAUGACUAGGGAGGGUGUAUUACAAUAGCUGUGCUCUUUUCUGAAUUCACCGAGUCAUUUCACUACCAAAUGAAAACCUCUACUGGGUAAUGACGCUUUUUCUUUGUACAUUUAAGUUAUGUUUCAGCAAGCCGAUAAUAUGUUUUUGAAAUUUGCGUUAGUGCGUCUUUUUCUCUUUCUGUCCAUCGGCCUGAUUUAAAUAGAAUGAUUCAAUGGCCAGUACAUUUUACCAGUGGCACAAUUUGUGUACAAAAUUGUAUUUUUUUUGCAUUCAUAAUGUAUGUGUAUGUACAUAUACAUGUAUGUACUCGUUUUCCUUGUCUUUGCUGGUUCUUUUCUCACUCCAGAUCAACCACUGAACAGCUGAGCGUGUCACAAUAUUCUUAAGCAUUUUUUUUCUUCUUAAAUGUAAUGGAAAAACAAAAACGUAUGAAUUUUCUAUUUUAUUAAAAAGAGAUUCAGUCACA